AACAUUACAAUUUCACCUCUCAAUGGCCUCUCACCACCACCACCCUCACUCUCACCACCACCUAAACCACCCUCCCACCACCACCACUUGCUGCUGCACCACCUCCUUCUCCUCCUGCCACUGCACCCAAUCCCACCUCCUCUCCUACCCUCCACCACAGGACCCACUUCUCCAAGCCAUUGCCUCUCAACUUCUCAUCUCCAACCCCCCAGAUCCCUACCUCCACCACCACCACCAAAACCCUCACAAAACCCACAAACCCCACCACCCAAAACACCCUUCCCACAUUCAACAACAACAACAACAACUUCACUCUCUUCUUUCCAGAAUCGAAGCCCUCGAAGCUUCCCUCCACCACCACUCUUCCAAUCGCUCUCGCUCUUCAGAUUCCUACUCUCUCAGAGACUAUGCUGCUCGGGUUAUCCAGACCCAUUUCCGGGCCUUCCUUGUUCGCCGAUCAAGGACUCUCCGGCAGCUCAAAGACCUCGCCUUUAUCAAAUCCUCUUUCGCCUCUCUCAAGUCUUCCGUUUCCAACCAGACCCACUUCGAUUUUCACUCUGUUUCUCAGGAAGCACUCGCUUUGCUCAUCAAGCUCGACUCUAUUCAGUGUGGUGAUCCGAUAGUUAGAGAUGGGAGGAGGUCUAUAAGUAGAGAUUUAGUUCGGUUCUUGGAGUUUAUGGAAGGGGUUGUGGUGAAAAGACAGGCAAUUUGCGUGAAACCGGUGAAGAAUGUGAGGUCAAAUGUGAGGAAUGUUCAAAAUGUGAGCAAGUCUAGGGGUUUGGGUAGCAAAUGUGGAGGUGUGGGGAAGGAUCAGAGGGAGAUGAUUGGGAAAUUGAGGGAGAGGAUUGAGAAGAUUCGCGGGUUUGCUAGAGUUUCGGAGAAUGAGGAGGAGGAUGUGGAACUGGAAGGGUUUCAACAUGUUAGUGAUGAUGAUGAGGAGAGUGGAGGUCAAUAUGAAAAUGGGGCAGCGAUGAAGAGGUGUGGGUUUCAACCUAAGGUGAAGAAGAGUGUGAGCUUUGCGGAGAAUGAGAAUGUGUUUAGGGUCUUUAGCAACAGUGAUGAAACGGUUUCAAGUGGGGAUGGGAGUGGGGAUGGGAGUGAUUCCAGUGAUGAUCAUGGAGAGCGCGUUGGGAACUGUAGUGAAGUCGAAGAUGCUAGGGGCUUUGCUCAGCAGACUGAGGAUGGUGAUGAUACUCACUUAGAAAUAGGUGGAUCACCGCAGACCAGCGAUUCAGAAAGAAUCCCAAGAGCCAGAAUGACUCAGAGAAGAAGCCAUGGUCAGGGUCAGAAUGAGCAUUUGUUGUUCUCGGCUCCUUUGCCUGUGAAGAUGGAUCCUAAAGAAGAUGUGAUGAAAAGGAACAAGGGUGUGAAGAUUGUCACAUGAAGAGUGUAAACCGAGUUCAUUUAACCAGUGUCAUUCUAACCUUUUAGAAAUUACCGUGAAAUAGGUUUGUAGUGUGUGUUUUACCAUGCCUCUUUGCUGUUGAGGGAUUACCUAGAUCUAUUGUGUAAGAUCUAA